AUACAUACAGUGUAUACGCACGCACAGAAACCACGCGUACAACUCCUCCAGCGUACAGCCUCAACAAACGACAACAUCAAUCGAAAAACACCUUCAAAAGUCCGAAUCCAACAACCAAAUCGACCCGUUCUCAAACCGGAAAUGACGUGUUCCUAUCUCCCUACUCUUAUUUCUCAGAAAGAACUCUCGAAUCUUCUAGAACGAGGGUGAGUUGGAUCAUCUAACGUCCACAUUCCGCAAAUUUCGGGAUAAUGGUACGGAUUAGGUACAUAUUUGGGCAUUUUUCAUUGGUUGGAAAAAGAAUUUGGUUUUUCCCAUUUUUUUAAUUGGUCCACCGGUUGCCAUUUUCUCAAGAAAUCCAAAAAAAAGUGCUGAUCUGGUUUUGGAAUGGAAUUCAAAUUUUUCAACGGGUGGUUUCCCUUUUUACCCUAAUUUGUCUUCUAUAAAGAGCUCGGUUGAGCUAUGAGAACCAGUUUUUUUUUUCCUCUCUUCUUCACUUCCGGAUUGGAAAUUUUGGGUCUGAAAAGAGGGGGGAAAUCUUUGAGACAAAAGGGAAAUUUUUUUUCUGGGGUACACAAUUUGAGAGGAAAGACAAGAAAGAAAGAGAAGGAAGAAAGAAAAAGAAAGAAAACUCUUGAGAAAAUUCUGUCUUGAGUGGAAAUUCUGUUCUUGUUCAUCGGCUAAAUUAGAGUUUCCGUUGACGGUGAAGAAGUUUCCUGGUGGUGGUGAUCUCCAUACUUAUUCGUCGUCUCAUUUUGCUGCUCUCUAAAAGAUAAAUGGCAAUGCUCAGCCCUAAGAAACUCAUCAAGAUGGCCAGGAGAUGGCGGAAGUUUGCAGCCAUGCAGAGGAGGAGGAUUUCGUUUCCAAGAAAUGGCAGUAAUGCAGAUGGUUGCAGUACAUCCUCAUCCUAUACUGUUGAAAAGGGCCAUUUUGUAGUGUAUACAAUUGAUCAAAGGCGAUAUGUGUUUCCCCUGGCUUACCUUGAAAAUGAGGCCAUUGUGCAACUUCCAAACAUGUCUGAAGAAGAGUUUGGACUGCCGAGUGGUGGCCCUAUUACAUUGUCCUGUGAUUCAGCCUUCAUGGACUACAUCAUUUCGCUAAUCAAGAAAGGUGUAACUGCUGGAGAUCUUCACAAAGCUUUGUUCCUCUCAAUUCCUUCAUGUUGCUGUACUUCAACUUCAUAUUUGCACCAAGAAGGUGGAAACCAACAGCUUCUCGUUUAUUGACUAAUGAUAUCAUGUUCUGUAAAUGAUAGCACAAAAUAGAAUGUCUAGCAGUUGAGAGUGUCAAUUUUUUGCUAAAUACCUUUCAAUAUUGAGAGUCUUGUCAUUAAAUAGAAAAUAUUCAAUGAUUACAUCUAUAAAGAUCUGUCUUUCUAA